AGGGGGGACCGGGGUGACUGCGCUGAUGUAUGGCCGGGGUGACCGGGCCCUUCCGCCGGCGCUGCCCCCCUCGCAGCGCCCGCACGGCGCCGUUCCGCUCCGCUCCGCGCCCCUGCCCGCCCUGCCCGGACACCGAGCUGGGAGCGGGGCCGCGCUCGCCCCCUGCGGCCCCGGAGGCCGCGGCGGCAGCGGCGCGGGGCGCACAUGGCGCUGUACAGCGCGGCGGCCGCGGUGCUGGCGGGGCUGGAGCGCGGCGAGGGCGGCCUCAAGAGCCUCGUGUACAACAGCGGCUUCCCGCAUGUCCGGCAGCUGUACGCGCUGGUGUCCGAGACGCUCCGCUACGCCCCGGUGCUGGAGAAGCUGCUGGAUGGAGCCGCGCUGCUGCAGGCCGAAAAGAAGCUUGCGCCGCAGCUGGCGAAGGUCUUGGUGUAUGACCUGCUCUUCGGCAAGGGCCUGAAGUGCGGGGGCCGGUGGAAGGCCCUGGCCCGGCGGCACCGGGCACGGCUGGAGGCCGAGCUGGCCCGCAUGAAGGUGCGGCACAAGGUGAGCCGCAACGAGGACCUGCUGGCCCCGGAGAAGGCAGUAAGCACCGCAGCUUCCCAGGUCCCACGCUACGUCCGGGUCAACACCCUGAAGACUUGUGUGGAUGAUGUGAUCGACUUCUUCAAGCGCCAGGGAUAUGCCUAUCUGGGCAAGGCAGCCAGUGUGGAGGAGCUGAAGACCCUUUCUGGAAAAAAAUUCUUGUUGGAUCUGCAUCUUCCGGAGCUGUUGGUUUUCCCUUCGCAGACAGACCUCCACGACAACCUGCUGUAUACUUCAGGACACGUAAUUCUGCAGGACAAGGCCAGCUGCCUCCCUGCCUUCCUCCUUGGCCCUGUUGCUGGCUCCCAUGUCAUCGAUGCCUGCGCUGCCCCUGGAAACAAGACAAGCCACCUGGCUGCCAUCCUGAAGAACAAGGGACAGAUCUUUGCCUUUGAUGUGGACCCCAAGCGCGUGGCCACCAUGAACACACUGCUGACACGGGCAGGGGUCACUGGCUGCCAGCUGGUCCAGCAGGACUUCCUGACUGUGGACCCCAGAGACCCCAAAUACAGCAGGGUGACCCACAUCCUUCUCGACCCAUCCUGCAGUGGCUCAGCAGGAAUGGUGACCCGGGGGCCAGGGGAGGAGGCAGCCCCGAGUGCUGAACGCUUGCAGGCACUGGCUGGCUUCCAGCGCCGCAUCCUCAGCCAUGCCCUGAGCUUUCCAGCGCUCCGGCGCCUGGUCUACUCCACCUGCUCCCUACACCAGGAAGAGAACGAGGAUGUGGUGCAGGCUGUGCUGCAGGAGUGGGGCUCAGCCUUCAGUCUGGUGACUGCCUUCCCAUCCUGGCCCUGCCGAGGACUCGCGGCCUUCUCUGGAGCAGAGAGCUGCCUCCGUGCUUCCCCUGCAGAGACCCUCACCCAUGGCUUCUUUGUGGCUGUGCUGGAGCGCUGCAGGGAAGGGGCUGAUGCCCCCAGCUCCCUGCCUGCAGCAGCCAAGGAGAACCCACAGCCAGGAGAGGGAACAAAGCCAGGAGCAGCUCCCAAGAAGAGGAAAAAGAAAAAGCAGCAGGUGAAAGAGUGAAACAACAUCUUCUGGACAAAUCCCUGCACAGGUGGGGUUGUGGGGAACAUAUACUGGCCUGAACACAAGUCAAGCUAUGUGCUAACUGCAGUCAUAGUGAGAAUUCUGUUACACCAGGGACUGAGUGCCAACACUGGGGUCAGCCUGGUGCCAAGAAAGGGCAACUGCUCACUCAGGGCUGCCCCUUGCAGCCAACCCCACCCCAGGUUUGCCCCCAAGGCAAUCCCCACUCUGCACCCUGCAGGGCUGGGGUCAUCCAGCUGGAUUAAGGGUGGUUUAUCAUGUUCCCUCUCGAAAAAAAUUCACUGUAGGGAUAAAGCAGAUUAAAAGUUUCUCACUCUCCACCAUUUUUUCCAGUGUGUUUGUGUAGUCCUACCCUGAAACUGCCACUGCUCAUAGUAGAGGCAUAGUGGGGGGGAAAAGGUAAAAUAAUAACAAUAAUCCUGUCCCUCUCUUUGAACUGGGGGAACAAGGACACAUGAUCCAGAGGGUGUUGCACCUGAACCCCAUUAGCACCACCCUGCCCUGGGAAUCCCAGCCCCAGGAAACACACGUGGGCACAGCCAAGUGAACACAGUCAUUUUAUUUUAAACCGGAGACGUAAGAAGCAAGGAAACAAAAAUUGCACAUUCACACUAAAAUCCUCAUCAGCCACACCAGGAAUGAUCCAAGUCUUCAAUCAGUUAAAACCCAGCCUCCCCCCAAGCACAAAGGGCUCUCCCAGCAGGGCCUGUGUGGCAGGGAAGGGACAGCCUGGCUCCUCACAGGUGUGUGGGACUACAUGGGGCAGCUACUUGGGGGUAGGACCCAGAGCCAAGGUGUCCUCAACCUUGUCCCAGCUCAUCCCCACCUUCUCAGAGCUGACCUGGCCAAACCCUGACACCUCAAGGACAGGGAGCAGGUGCUCUUCUUGCCCAGGAUCCUAACUGGGACACAGGAAAGGACACCCAGGAUCAGUCUUGGCAGGCACUAGCUUUGGCUGCUCUUGGCCCACUGCACCCACAGCCAUGCUGGUAGGUGAUGGCCAGAACAUUCCCACCAGCACCUGGAGGUCGUCUAUGUCCCCUUACUACAGGACUGUGUCCCCUCUGUGUCUCACAGAGCCCAUCACCUGCCCUUUCUGCUGGGAGACAUGUCUUGACCCUGGCACUCAGCACCAUAACAUGGGAGCUCCUGCUCCUCACCCUCAGAGAAAUAAUUAAAAACUUUAAAAAAAACAAACAAAAAAAGGUUUAGUCACAUCCACAUACAUCACAUUUAAAAGGAAGGGGAUGAUGAACAGCAGGGGGAGCAUGGUAGAGCCUGCAGGAUGCAGCUGCCUUUCCCAGCACAGUGCAUUCCCACAGCCACAGCCAGGUUGGGAAUAGCUAAACACUAAGGGCUAGGGGUAGGCAACUUCACUGAACCAAGCUUGAAGGAAUUUGAAGGCAAUUUAGCUUAAAUAUAAAAAUAAAUUUUUAUUUUGUUAAAAAAUGUUUAAAUAUUUGUGAUUUUUUUUUUGGUUUUUUUUUUUUUUUUUUUUUUUAAAUUUAGAUCCCAG